AUGCGUUUCAUUUACCUCAUCGUUCUUGCAACUCUUGCUUCUGCGUCCCCGUUCAGUGUUAACCGCACUGUCGAGCGUCGAGAGUUUAUUCCUGAACCAACAGAUGCAGUGAUUGUGAGACACAAGUACUCCUCUCUCUACUUUCUGUUCCAAACUAACGUCAAGUUUAAUAGUGAGCGUAAACAAUUUGGACAGUGGAUAACCAUCGAUGGGAAAUGCGAUACUCGCAAGGCUAUUCUAAAGCGCGACGCGAUCGACGAUGUGAUCCUGGACUCGGACUGUGGUAUUGUCUCGGGUUCUUGGAGAUCUGACUAUGAUGGCAAAUUAAUACUUGAUAGACACGCACGGGGAAUGGACAUAGAUCACAUAGUCCCCCUUAAAGAAGCAUGGGUUUCGGGGGCUUAUAACUGGACAGCAGAAAGGAGAAUAGAAUUCGCUAACGAUUUAAUCAGACCUCAACUGCUUGCCGUUUCUGCCCAGUCGAACCGGAUGAAAGGCGGUAGAGAUCCUUCCAAAUGGAUGCCUUCCUUCCGGGAGUUUCUAGCAGAAAUGCGCUCCGUCUACCUGAUUUCUCUGGCAGUUCUAGCCACUGCAUCCCCUCUUGGUAUUGACCCGACCAUCGAGCGUCGAGGAAGUCUCCCGACUCCGGUUAGCGUAGCCACAGCAAAAGAGUAUCUCAGUGAAUUGAAGGUUGCAGAGCCGGUGCUUGACCCCCCUUAUAAGCGCAGUGGAUUUAAACACUGGAUAACUAUCGAAGGCAGAUGCGAUACACGGGAGACGGGACGCAACUUGAAAUUACUGUCGAUUCAGAAUGCAAGCCCACGGCAGGACUUUGGACUUGUUACGGACUAUGACGGUCGAUCCUUUACCAGUGCUACUAGCUUAGAUAUAGACCAUAUAGUUCCUCUGAAAGAGGGGUGGCAAGCGGGAGCGUACAACUGGACCGCAAAAAGGAGAGAAGAAUUUGCCAACGACCUGAUUAGACCACAACUAGUCGCCGUUUCCGCCAGCUCAAAUCGAAUGAAAGCAGAUAAGGAUCCUUCAAGAUGGAUGCCUUCCAAUGAAGCAUAUCACUGUACUUAUAUUCGUGCAUGGAUCCAGUUCGAGGGAUUUAAGAAGCCCGAGAAACGACUAGUUGACGUUCCCCUGCCCACAUACGCACACUCUCUUACCCACUCUUUCUCUCCCCGUGUAAGAUCUUCCAGAUUGUCCCUUGGCCUCUCAUCCCCACCCCCCACACACCCAACUCGGCUAGACGCAAAAAUGCGCUUCGCUUAUUUGAUUGCUCUUGCUGCUGUGGCAUCUGCCUACCCAUUGAACAGUGACUCUGCAUUGGCAGAGGUAGCAGUAGUAAAGCGACAACCGACCCCAACACCCCCUAAAGAUUCUGGAAAGGAUACACCGACAUCCCCUUCCUGGCGCGUCAAGGUUUAA